AUGACUAACCCCUUCCGAUUCCUCUCCACGCCUACAGACGAGCACACUGAUGGCUCUCCCAAGAAAACCGAAAUUGGAGCUGUAGCAGAAGAGACUGUAGCAGGAGCGACUGUAGCAGGAGGGGAUGUAGCAGGAGGGAAUGUAGCUGCCAGUGUGACUUCAGCUGAUGCAGCUACAGCCGAUGCAGCAGCUGUAGCAGCGCCAGCAACGCCCCGGGUGCCCUCAUCUGCUGACGUGCAGCCAGUGCUGCCAGCUCAGGGAACAUGGAGGCGGGCUGUGCAGAGGGAGGUACACCUGGGGAUACUGCCUCUGCCGUCCACCCCCAUCUUCCUGAGUCAGGAGCUUCCCCCCAUUGAACACUUGCCCUCCUCACUGCCCUCCCUGCCCCCAUCACAAGAGCCUGUCAUGUGCUUUGAUGCAACUACACCAGUGGACUUAGGAGAGAAGGAGGGGGAAGAGGGGAUAGGCGGACUGGGGCAAAUGCGGGAGAUUGGGGCAAUGGGGGGGACGGGGGAGAAUGGCAGGGAGCAGAGUGGGGGGGAGUCAGAGGAGGCGAUCCAGGAGACACAAGUAGAGGCAGAGGAGGUGGGUGGUCGAAGGGGGCAUGUGGAACAAGAGGAGCAACAGGGGGAGCUCGAGCAACGCACACGACCCCUGGUGUCUGCCAACAUUCAUGUUUCAGCUGAAGCGGGUGAUAAGAGCAGAGCAGGGACUGCCACAGUGCUUGGGGGUGAAGCAAACAUGGAGGGCGUAAGGGAGGGGUUAUGUGGGCCGGGUGGGGGAGAAGUGACUGGGGCAGGGGAAGGUGCGGCGGUAGGCAGUUGUGGGGUUGCAACUGGGGCUGUGGGCGGGUGUGGUGCUAUGCCGGGUGCGGUAGGGAGCGGUAUGCUUGGUGCUGCGUUUUGGAUCGGCAGCAGUGGUCCGUGGCAUGAGCAACGGCACGUGGGGCGAGUGGAUGGGGCCUGCUAG